GGGACCGGGAAAUUGAGAGAUAUUCAGAUGCAAGGAUGUCCAUCAUAACUGCUGUGCAGCUUAUCAUAAGGAAUCAGCUCUUAUCCAUCUUUCACUACCUCUUCACCCGUUCCUCUACCAAGCUCACUCUCGUUAUCAACAAAAAGUGCAACUUGUCAAGAAACGAAGUCCACGAUGCCGCCGAGCUCUAUCUCCCCACCAAGAUCAGGCCCAAAACAAAGCGGCUCAGGCUCAGCAAAAUCAAGAGGCAAGAGAAUUUCGCUAUCUCACUGGAUAAUGAUGAAGAGAUCGUCGAUAUUUUUGGCGGAAUUCAAUUGAAAUGGAGGUAUAAGUGUGAUCGCAUACAGACUCAUCCGAAAGAAAGUAUUAAAAAGGAAAAAUACUUCGAACUCAGUUUCCACAACAGGUUCAAAGAUCAAGUGGUCGACUUUUAUUUGCCUCAUGUUUUGGACAGGGCUGAACAAAUCAAAAAGGAGACCAGAGUGGUUCAAAUCUAUAGUUUUGACCCUGAUAGCAGCCGUUGGACUUCCACAAUUCUUGAGCAUCCAGCGACAUUCUACACCGUAGCCAUGGCUCUAGAGCUGAAGAAAACGAUAAUCGAUGUAGGAUCUCAAACAUUUACAAACUAUUCAACAUUCCCCCACUAGUUUGGAAAUGUUAAUUCAGUUCUACUUGACAAGUAACAUGCUUAAAGAAGGUAUCUCUCAAUUUAAACCUUCCAUUAGUGUACAUACUACAUAUCUAAUGAAGUUAUUGGUGUCCA